AUGGGCUGCUCCUCAGGCCACCUCCCCUUCCACCCGCCACCGCCGCCCGCUCCCACGCCCUCCGACCAGGAGGGGGCGCUGCAGGACGGGGGCCCCAGGGCCCCGGAAGCCUUGUCCACCGUGGAGCGGCUGGCCCAGGCCACGGGGGGCACAGAGAAGUCGUGGUACCGCUGUGUCUUCCCCUUCGGACUCAUCUCGCUGGUGAUCGGCGUGGCCGGCACGGGCGUGACCUUCAGCUUCAACACCAUGCCCCAGACCAAGGUGGUGUCCGUGGUGCUCCUAGGCCUGGGCCUGGCCAUGGUGCUGCUGGCUGUGGCCUGCUGGAGGAUCCACAGGGUGAAGAGGAGGAAGAGGAAGGAGGGAGGCUCCUUCAGCUCAGAGCAGUGCGCCCUGUGAGCAGUGGAGUGGAAAGACAGGGAGACAGGCAGGGAGCACUGGUGGACUGACACUCCUGACUCUGAGUUUGGGCCCUUAUGGAGGGGGGGAGGAUAUGUCACUGCCGCACACACACACACACACACACACACAUACACACACACACACGCAUGCUUGCCUUACUCUUCCUGGAUGGUCUGUGCUUGCUCUCUUUCUGAGGAUUAAAGAUGCUCCUGGGAAUAACUCUUUCCUGAGGGACUCCAGGAUCCAAGCAGAAACGCUGGUCUCCUCCCCCCGCUGGUCCUCACAAUUCCUGGUCCCUUGAAGGAGUGCUUCUGGAGGGGACACAGUGUGGGACACAGAGACUAAAUGAGAGAGGAACUGUCCUUUCUGAUCCAGCGUGACCUAGUAGUGCAUCUGCUGAUACCACCGACGAGGCCUUUUUUAAUUUAACCAUCAUGAGACACGUCUGACAGCUUUGAGUGUUGACAGAGCUGGGAGAUGGAGUGGGCAAGUGGUAGUUCCAGUGUGUGUGUGUGUGUGUGUGUGUGUGUGUGUGUGUGUGUGUUUGUGCAUCUGUGCACGUUAAAGCUUUGUAUGCAUGCAUGUGUGUGUGUUUUUGGGUGUACGUGUGAGAGAGAGAGGACGGCAUGUAUCUCUCUCUCUCCCUCCCUCCCCUGCUAUCUCUCCCCCCUCUCUUUCUCUCUCUCUUUAUCCUGCUCUUCUUCCCUCUCUCCCCCUUUCUCUUCCUCUCGCUCUCCCUCUCACUCAGACUGUUUACGGAAAUGGAGCCAGGGGAACAAAGGGAGAGAAUGUACCUGUCAUUAGAGCGAGCCCACUUCGUUCGCACAUGCGCGUGUACAUGCGUGUGCACGAGCGUGUGUACAUGUGUGUGUGUGAGCGUGUGAGAGGCGGGGAGCGUAGCAUUGGGUGAGAGAGAUGUUUUCUGCUGAAUGACAUUGAAAAUGCUGAUGUCAACAAAGAAAAUUCUCAAUGCAUCUCUUUAUUUGAAUGAGGGACACACAGUCCUCACAAUAUGGCCUGUUGCUCACUGGAGAAAUGUGUGUGUGUGUGUGUGUGUGUGUGUGCUUAGCCUAACCUCGGGGCCAAUAUGUAAUUGCUUUGGAUUCAAAUACUUUUCUAUACUUUACUGAACAUGUCUGGUGCAUUUGAACCUCCAAUGAAAUGCUCUCAAAAAAUGCUACCUUCUGGUCUUUUUGAUUGGUUCAAUAGCACCACGCAAGAUCAAUCAAGCACAGAAUCAAAAUCAAUUUCAUAUUUGACCAAAUUACAUAUUUGUCUGGUAUGCCUGUGUGUGUGGAAGCGUGUGUGUGUGUGUUUGUGAGCGUGUGUGCCUGUGUGUCUGUAUGUGUGUAAACGUGUGUGCCUGUUCGUGUGUGCAUGUGCUGGUGUGUGCGCGUGCGCGCCAGUGUAUGUGUGUGUGCACGUGUGUGUGUGUGUGUGUGUCUGUGCCGGUGUGUGUGUGUGUCCAAGCAUGAGGUCUUUUGUGGUACAGCC